AUGGAAUCUGAGGACAUUGUACUUUCAUCCUCUAAACGGGAAUUUGAGGAGGUUCAUGAUUCUCCUGCAUCCACAAUGGCUGAGGAACAUGAUCAUCAUAAGGAAGAUGAAACAGAAUCUGUUCACGAGGAAGAUGAUGAAGAUCUUUAUGGAGAUAUAGAAUUUUUCAAAGAAAUUGACUUCACAGGGAUCAAUGAUGAUACCCCUACCAAUAUUGACCUUGAUCUUGAUGAUGAAGAAUUUGGUCCUCUUCCAGGAUUUGCCAGCAGCUGCCUUAAUAAUGAGCCAGAAGACAACAGAGCCCGAAUCACAAUCAAACAGGGAAAGAGAAUUGUAAUGGCUAACAAAAACGAUGGGUUACUCUUCAUGAAAAAUUCAAAUGAGAAUCGAAAAGCCAAAGUCCAUGUGCUAACAGUUAUUGAUCUCAAGAAAAGAAAAUUUGGUGAUGGGUAUGGAGAUAGAUCGGGAAUUUGA